AUGGCCCUGGUCGUGGGCUGCAGGCUCCUACCGUCGCCAAGCCAUGGCGGUCCGGGGUAUCUUUGGGCCGAUGGCCUGGCACCUCGCACGGCUUCGGCGCCUCGGCAGAGGCAGCGCCAAGAGGAGGCUUUGGCCGGGUGUUCCCUGAUCGCCGUUCUGGUCUCUUCCAGGAGGCAACCCCAGAGGCCCCGACGCUCAACUCAGGUGCGCGCCACGGAACGCGGCGAAGAGGACCCCUGGGUGGUGUUGGGAAUCUCGAAGGCCGCGAGUGCCACGGAGGUGCGUCGCGCGUUCCGCGCGCGCGUCCGCGGCAGCCACCCAGACAUGGGUGGCGACCCCGAGAGGUUCCUCUCUCUCAAUCGCGCCUAUGACAGGGCCAUGGCGCAUCUGGAGGGACGCGAGCCACCAGCCGAGCCGGUCGUCGCGGAAGCGCCGCCCGAGGUGAAGGCCCCCUCAGAGCCGACGAAGAAGAGCGCGACGACCCUGGAGGACUUCCGCUCUUGGCGGCGGCAGCAGCAGCCCCGCCGCGACGUGCGCAGGCGCUUGGAGAACCAGCAGCGGCGCGCGAAGCGGGGCAUCGCUCGGCGCAGGCGAUCGGAGGAGCUGGCCGCCCAGAAAUUCCAGCAGAAUAUCCAGCGUGUUGCCAGCGAGGCACAAACUCCCGAAGAGCGUGCUCUGUGGGAGCGGGAGGUGAGAGGCCCAAACCAGAUGGAGAUUGAGACGCUGUGGCCGGAGUUCGAAGCCGGGCGGCUCAAGGCCCAGAGGCGCAGGGACGCUGAGCAGCGAUGGCACCAGCGAAGGAGCCGCUCGUGGAACAGGUGA